AUGACAAAUGAGCCUUACCUACAUCGUAUAGCUAUUGAUCAAUCUGGUGUUCUUGGCUCUCUUUAUGAUGCGAGAACUGAACGUAUACUUAACACAUUAUCAAUUCGCGAAGCUUCAGAAGAAAGAAGACCGUUAUUCAAACCUGUUAAGUGUCAUAUAUUGAAUGGCGAUAGACUCUAUAUUGAGGAUUUAUUUUGCAGUAUUGGAAUCGAUAAAGAAAUGUGGCUAAACUUCAUUUUGAAAAUAAUACCCAUGCAAGGAAUAACUUCAUUGGUAAAUUAUUGCUUCCCUACGAGUACAAAUAUUCGAUAUCUUUAUUACAAUUAUACAAGUCAAGAAAGAUCAAUAAUUAAUCACGAAAAUAAAGUAAAGACAGAUAUUUCGAAAACACUUGAAAGUACUGCAACUCAUAUUGUUACAGUAAUAAAAUAUGGUAUCCAAGCUUUUGUCGUACUAGAACUGAACGAUAAUGAAUUAACUAAUUUUGACAAGUUAUUGAAACAAAUUCAAUCACAAUUAAUUAAAAAUAAAUUUGAAUUAACCAAAACUGAAGAAAUUUUACUCAAUAAAGUCGUCUCAACAAAAAUAUUUUCCAAUAUAUCUGAUCGAAUAGAAAUGAAAACCUUCGUUGAUUUUUGUCAAGCAUUAAUCAAAAUAAAAACGCAUAUAAACCUUCAUCCUCCAUUGGAAUAUACGCUAACUCCCAUUAAAUUCUAUCAUUUUAAUUUUCCACAAGAAGGAGCUACUUAUAUUCAACUUGAACCAAAAACCAUAGAAUGUAUUAAACAAUACUUAAUUCAAUUAUCAACUAACAAUCAACAAUUAAAUAUACCACUCAAUUCAAACAUAGAAAAACUAUCGAAUAAAUAUAUUAAUCAACAAUUUCGUCAACUUCUACGACAAAUUAAAGAAAUCGAAGAAAUAUACCCAGGUGAAAUUCAACGAAUUAAUGAUUUAAUUUUAAGGAUUCGCAAUGGAACAUUCCGACAAAAUAAAAUAGAUGAAUUAUUCAGUAAUGCGAGAAAUCAAAUACUACAAGAACAUGUUGACACAAAAUUAGAAUGUAUAAUGGCUUCCACUGAAAGAAAGCAACUAACCAAUGAUUCCAAUCAACAGUAUAUAAAGAAUUUGAAUUCUUGCGAAUGUUCGAAUAAUAAAACGAACUAUUUAACAAUAGAUUUUAAAAGGUUCGUGGAAAACGAUAAUCAGAAAGUAAAUUUACGCCUUAAUAAUGAACCAAACACGAUAAAUUCUAUUAUCAGCAAUCCUCACGUAGAGACUACAACUAGCAGUAACAAAUCACAUUGCAACAAUAUUAGUCUCUCAAAUUGGCAAACACAUUCUCUAGAAGAGAUAACUUUGUCAUCCAAGCCAUCAGUUCAUGUUGGAGAUACGAUUGAGUUAUUCAUACCACCUACAUCAUCUAUUGUAGAAGUUGUAUCAUCAUCAUCAAAUGAACUACCAGAAACCAUCGAUCAAUUGUUGAAUCAAUCGAAUCCACAAACAAAAAAUAACACAUUGCUUACAGAAGAGAUACAUUCAUCGGCACAAUCUUUCAGUAAUUCAUUAAAUUUUUCGACAAACUUACAACGAGAAUCUAUUACACAAACGAAAGAACAAUUUCAAAAUUCGACUUAUCAACUAAAAUCAUCAUCAUCUAAACAAACAGAAAAUAUAAAAGAUAAUAGUGACGUAUCUAAUUUAUCAAUAUUUCCAAUUCAGAACAAUUCAUUCCAACCGAAGAAAUUAUCUCCAAGAACCGAAAACAUAUAUUCUUUAUCAAACUUACAACAGUCAUCGAAUACAGAAGUGAUAACGCCAUUAAACCAUCAAUCAAACUAUUCAGUUAAACAGCCUAUAUUAUCAAUGCUUCGUGCACUCAAAACUCCAGAAACAGAUCCACAAAAAGAGAAGAAGUUAACAGACACCCAAGAACUUCUUAAUCACUUAAAAUUACCAGAACUAUCAGCCACAAAAGAUACACCCUCAACAGCUAAGCUUCUCAAACUUGAUGAAACACGAGUCCACUCAUCCAUAUUAUGCUCAGAUAAUAUAUCAGCAACAAAAGAAGAUUCUUGUGAUCCAACAUAUUUGAGAAGCUAUAACUAUAUCAAUGUUCUUCUUCUAGGUGAAUCUGGUGUUGGAAAAUCAACUUUAAUCAAUGCACUUGUUAAUUAUAUCACAUUUGAAUCUUUUGAAAAGGCUCGUUCUAGUCCACCUCUAGUUGUUAUACCUGUCUCAUUUUUUAUGACAACCGGUGAUCAAUUUGAAGAAAAGAUUGUUCGAUUUGGUGACGAAGAUUUCAAUGAAGAUCAUUACCAUCCAGGACAAUCAGUAACUCAACAUUGUAGGUCCUAUGUUUUUUCUAUUUAUAAUACUGAAACGAAAAUAAGAAUAAUCGACACACCUGGCAUGGGAGAUACACGUGGUCUUACUCAAGAUGAUUUCAAUUUGCAACAUAUUAUUUCAUUUAUCAGUAAUCUUUCACAUUUAAAUGCUAUUUGUAUUCUUCUCAAACCCAAUGAAUCAAGAUUGAAUAUCAUUCUACGUUCAUACUUUGAUCGUUUAUUAAACUUUUUAGGUGAAAAUGCUUGUCACAAUAUUGUAUUUUGUUUCACAAAUAGUCGAGCAACGUUCUUUGCUCCUGGUAAUACUGCUCCUCUACUGAAAAAAAUGAUUUCAUCAUGUCCAAUCAAAGAUAUUCCUUUCAAAAAAUCAAACACAUUCUGUUUUGAUAGUGAAUCGUUUCGUUAUCUAGUCGCUCUACAAAAUGGAAUCGAAUUCGAUGAAUAUCAAAAGAAUGAAUAUCAACAAAGUUGGACGAAUUCAGUCACUGAAUCAAAUCGUCUUCUUCAAUAUUUUUGUGGCGAAGAACUUAAAUCUUAUUCUCAGAAUGAAUGGAGAUCAAUGGAACAUGCACAGUUCAAAAUCAAUCAGAUGAUUCGUCCUAUGCUGGAAACUACAAGAAAUCUUUUUCGAAAUCUUUUUCUAUUAGAGAGAAAUCGAACGUGUCGACUGAUAAAACUCUGUCCUAUCGAUGUUAAUCCAAGUUCAUUUAUUUGCUAUGCAUGUAAACCUACUACUCCUAAGCGUUACGUUGACUUUUGGAUUUUUCAAGAUGAUUUACAUAUUGUUUCGAACCAUUGUAAUAACUGUGACUGUGCUCAAGAAAACCAUAUUGCAAUUGAUUAUUAUCUUCAAUAUGAACUUUCGGAUGCAACAAAUACAGUGACAGUCUCAUACAUGGAGUCAACUGUCAAGCAACUUAAAAUAGCAAUUACAGAGUUCGCUCGAUUUUAUACUAAUAUUGGCAAUGUCUCGAGUCAGAUAGAUCCUAUUUUAUCUGUCUUAGAACGAAUGAUUGUCGAAGAAAAGCAACUUUGUUCACAAAAUGAUUCAACAUGUCUUAAUGCUUUUUUGUGUGAUAAAUUGGUUAGUUUCAAGAAAGAAUACAAACAAGAAACAUCAUCGUUAGCCAAUACUUCAAUAGAUUUAUCGAAUAUUUAUGAAAGAAUUAAAAUAAUUGGUGAAAUUGAUGAGAUCAAAAAGCAAAUGUUUGUUAUUAAGAAAAAGGAAGACUCAUUAAUGAAAAAAUAUGAAAAACAAAUUUCAUAA